GCAGCGGAGCACGUGGGCACGCGCACUCGCCGCUGUUGCCGCUUCCUCGUUGCCAGUAGCGGCUCAACCAGGAGUGGGCAACAUCAACAACAACAACAGCAACAACAACAGCAGCAACAACAACAGUAGCAACAACAACAGCAGCAACAACAGCAGCAACAACAACAGCAGCGGCAACAGCAGCAACAACAACAGCAGCAGCGACAACAACAACAGCAGCAGCAACAACAGCAGCAGCAGCGGCAACAGCGACAACAACAGCAGCAACAACAACAGCAACAACAGCAACAACAACAGCAACAACAACAGCAGCAGCAACAACAGCAGCAGCGGCCUCUGGUCAUGGCGAGCUCACGCGGGGAGGUGGUCACCCUGCAGUUGGGCCACUACGCAGGCUUUGUGGGCGCGCACUGGUGGAAUGGCCAGUCGGCCGCGUUCAACUCCGACCCUCGGCUGUCGAUUGCCGCCCAGGAGGUGAACUCGGAUGUUCUGUUCCGGGAGGGCGUCACGCUCCAGGGCGAGCCGACCUACACGCCCCGGCUCGUCCUCAUGGACCUCAAAGGCAACUUAAGCUCCUUGAGGCAACAGGGCGUGCUGUACGAGCACCCAGAGCAAGACACCUCCACGUGGAGCGGCAAGGUCUCGGUGCACCGGACGGAUCCCGCAAGCAAGAACGCGUUCCUGCAGGACCUUGAUGUCAUCGAGGAGGAGUGGGAGAAGCGGACGAGAACGAGCCGCUGUCCGGCGCCGAAACCGGAGACUAAAAAUGCCCCGGCGGUUAGCGCAGAGCCGCCCACGCAGAAGGUGUACCACCUGGAGGAGAGCGUCGAGGUCUGGUCCGACUUCCUGCGACUGCGUCUCCACCCGCGCUCUGUCUCGCUCAUCAAUGACCACACCAGCGACGGGGACGUGGACCGCUUCGACGUGUUCGGCCUGGGCGACUCGCUGCUGCUGCGCUCGCCCCCCGUGGCCGACGACCUGGAGGACCGGCUGCACUUUUUCACGGAGGAGUGCGACUCGCUGCAGGGCUUCCAGCUGCUGUGCGACCUCCACGACGGGUUCUCGGGGCUCGGAGCACGCGCCGUCGAGCGCCUGCGCGACGAGUACGGCUCCAAGAGCGUCCUCGUCUGGGGGCUCGUGCCGCCGGCCCCGCCCGCGCUGACCCCGCUGAGGAGCGUCUACCGGCUGGUGAACUACGCGCUGGGCAUGGCUCGCCUCGCGGACACCGCCUCCGUGCUGCUCCCGCUGUCCGUGAGCUCGGUGCUGAGCCGUCGGCCUUCGCCGCCCGUCGUCUUCCCCAACCUGCACUACAACGCGGAGCUGCACUACCACAGCAGCGCGGUGCUGGCGGCGGCGGUGGGCACGAGCAGCCUGCCCUACCGCACGCACUCUCGCCUCGCGUCGCUCUCCGAGUUCGCCGACUCGCUCAGCGGCGGCGGCCGCAAGGUGGCGAUGACGUCGCUGGCGCUGCCGUUCCCGCUGCACGCCGACGGGACCCUCCCCGACGCCCUGCGGGCGCUGGGCGCCGCUCCGCCCUGGCGCUCGCUCACGCCGGGCACGGCGCCGCCGGCGGCCUCGGCCUCGGGGCCCGCGCCGUGCUGCUUCGGCCAGUCCGUGGUGCUGCGUGGGGUGCCCGCCGAGCGGCACACCGCCGGCUCGCAGCGAGGGAGCACGAAGGACUCGCCGCUGUACAGGUGCUCGACGGGGCAAGAUGUGAUGUCCGCGUACCUGCACGGGCUGUACCCCCACGCGCCCAGCGCUGUGCAGCUGCUGCAGGCUCCGAUGAGCGCCGCCGCUCCGUUCCCCGACAUCUUCGCUCCGACUGUGGACAGGAGCGGCUACCUCACCGACACGAGGAGGAAGAAGGAGGAAGCCGUGGCGAGCUACCCCGUGCUCACCGCCACGCAGUCCGGGACGGCGCUGCGCACGUCGCUGCUGGCGCUGUGCCGGGAGUUGUCCCUCGUGGACGAGCGCCGCCUGCCGGGGCUGCUGGCGGCCGGCACGGAGCCCGGCGAGCUGCCCGAGGCGCUGCACGUCCUGCGAUCGCUCGCCGACGCCUUCCACUCGGGGUGCGGCCACGAGCAGAACAGCAGCGACGACGACGACAGUUGAGGACAAUGGAGGCGGCGGCGGCGGCGGGCGGCGCCGAUUCGUUCGUCCGGUGGAAUUCCUCUCAUCCGCUGUGCACUUAACCGUGGUUUUGGCGGGUGGUGGGGGGGGGGGAUAGAGGACUCUGGGCAGAGGUCGCAAUCGGGUACCCGAUACCCGUACCCUACACGAUACCCGGCUCCCCGUACCCGGCUGGGUACGGGUACCCGUUUUCAACCCUGGUGCGGCCGGGUACGGGUAGGCCGUGAGUCCCUGGUGAGUAACCGUUUGUCACUCAUUUCCCAACGUCUUGUCUCUUCUCACAAUUCAAGUUCCUAGAAUCAACCCACCCGCGCCUGCAACAUGGCUUCAUCGCAGAGGUCGCAAUCGGGUACCCGAUACCCGUACCCUACACGAUACCCGGCUACCCGUACCCGGCCGGGUAUCGGGUAGGGUACGGGUAAGGUACGGGUACCAAUUUGCGACCCUGGUGCGGCCAGGUACGGGUAAGGAAUCAAAACCCGUUUGCGACCUCUGACUCUGGGUCUCUAUCCGCCGGCGCGCGUUGUGUCUCCUGCGAGGCAGGCGAUGUCAACGUUUAUGCAGGGAAGCCUGACUGAAUGCGGCGCAGAAUCGUUUGUUUGCUUGGAUACAUACUCGUAUCUGUCAUAGAAACGUUGGAAUUGCCACCAAUGUCUCUGGACAAUUAUGGUUCACGACCGCUUAAUCUAUUAUUGUCAAUAAUAGAGGUUUUUGGGUUAGAGCGCGUAAAUAUAUCAAUGUGUCGUUAAACCCGUCACCACCCGACACGGCCAACUAGUAAGGGUUGUCACGUAAACAGAACGUGCCAAUUCGUCACCAGUACAGCACUAACCGGUGUGUUGGAGAGCCAAGCCACAACGUUUAUAAUCUGAGUACGACUUUUCGCCAGUAAUUACAACUAGCUUCAUCAGGCGCCAGCCAGAUUUGUGGAGAAGUCUAACUGUUUCGUUCCUUAUAUCGAGGCGUAGAUGUGUUGACCACCCUUCUGCGCUCUUGCGCAACCAGAGGAAUUCUGGUUCUCCCCAAGAAGCCUCACCCCAACUACCCCCGCCCACCCCUAUCCUGGCCCCGCCCACUUCUUCCCUGGCCCCGCCCACUCUCACCCUGGCCCCACCCAUUAUUACCCUAGCCCCGCCCACUUCUUCCCUGGUUCCGCCCACUUCCCUGGCCCCGCUCACUUCUUCCUUGGCCCCGCCCACUUCUUCCCUGGCCCCACCCACUCCUACCCUUGCCCCGCCCACUUCCCUGGCCCCGCCCACUCCUGCCCUAGCCCCGCCCACUUCUUCCCUGGCCCCGCCCACUCUUACCCUAGCCCCGCCCACUCUUACCCUAGCCCCGCUCACUCUUACCCUGGCCCCGCCCACUCCUGCCCUAGCCCCGCCCACUUCUUCCCUGGCCCCGCCCACUCUUACCCUAGCCCCGCCCACUCCUACUCUAGCCUCGCCCACCCCUAACUUGCCCCCCCCCCAUCCCCAGCUCCGACUGCUCACACUCCCCUCCCAACCCCCUCCCUCCACAACCCCCACCACCCCCCAAACAAGCCUGAACCCGUGCCCUGAGUAAGGGGUGUGGCCUAAACAGGAGGCGGGGCCUGAAUGAGAAUGGGCGGGACCUAUAGAGGUUGAUCUUUCCCAGGUGAAUCAAGGUGAUAAAAGCCCGGAAUCAAAUAUGCGCAGCUCGAACCUUUAGUGCUGCAGAUGUGCCCAGAGGCCAACUCCAGUGGAUUUAAUCUGACUAAGUGGGUGCAGUGAUAGAAUGCCUGGCUCACGAUAGGAAGGAUGUGGGUUUGAAUCCGGUUGCUGGGUCAGUUCAGCCCAAUAUCGCUCCACAGACCAUAAAGUGAGUACUCUACCACAUUGGGGUGAGUCAGCAGUGGUUGUCCAAUGUCCCUUUACUGGCACCCGUCACAAUAAUGUGGAAUUUCAACCACAGCAUCAUUUGUGUACUAUCUCGUUUACAUUGGCAAUGUCGGUUGCAUCUUCUGUCUCGUUUGUUCCAUAAACCUCGAUGUACGCGAGCAAUAUAAUUUAAAAAGAUACAUUGUUUUGUUCUAUUUAUAUCAAUUAUGGAUAGGUAGCUCAUUCUUGCGUGCGUAUCGGGAGCAAAAAUAAUCGGUCUUGAGUCGACGAAUCGAUGCGUGGCGUUAAAUACCCACCAGUUGGUGGCAGCCCAAGAUGGCAGCCGAUGGUCACAUGACCGUGUAAAAGACGAUAUAUUAUAGGUCUCGGCGUUUUGCGCACCAACCCCAGGUCAGGCACUUUGGUUCCCCGCGUGGCGGCAGAGGUGUGAAGGUGAAUGUUUGAACACGAUUGUGUUGGCACGGUUGUCCUUUAAAACGGGGCUCUACGUCACGCGGGACACGCGCACACACGUACACAAGGUGGCGUGUGUGGAGGUGGUGGCAGUGGUGGUGAUGCUGGGGGUGGUGGUGGUGGGGAUGGUGUAGAUGUGUUGACCACCCUUCUGCGCUCUUGCGCAACCAGAGGAAUUCUGGUUCUCCCCAAGAAGCCUCACCCCAACUACCCCCGCCCACCCCUAUCCUGGCCCCGCCCACUUCUUCCCUGGCCCCGCCCACUCUCACCCUGGCCCCACCCAUUAUUACCCUAGCCCCGCCCACUUCUUCCCUGGUUCCGCCCACUUCCCUGGCCCCGCUCACUUCUUCCUUGGCCCCGCCCACUUCUUCCCUGGCCCCACCCACUCCUACCCUUGCCCCGCCCACUUCCCUGGCCCCGCCCACUCCUGCCCUAGCCCCGCCCACUUCUUCCCUGGCCCCGCCCACUCUUACCCUAGCCCCGCCCACUCUUACCCUAGCCCCGCUCACUCUUACCCUAGCCCCGCCCACUCCUGCCCUAGCCCCUCCCACUUCUUCCCUGGCCCCGCCCACUCUUACCCUAGCCCCGCCCACUCCUACUCUAGCCUCGCCCACCCCUAACUUGCCCCCCCCCCAUCCCCAGCUCCGACUGCUCACACUCCCCUCCCAACCCCCUCCCUCCACAACCCCCACCACCCCCCAAACAAGCCUGAACCCGUGCCCUGAGUAAGGGGUGUGGCCUAAACAGGAGGCGGGGCCUGAAUGAGAAUGGGCGGGACCUAUAGAGGUUGAUCUUUCCCAGGUGAAUCAAGGUGAUAAAAGCCCGGAAUCAAAUAUGCGCAGCACGAACCUUUAGUGCUGCAGAUGUGCCCAGAGGCCAACUCCAGUGGAUUUAAUCUGACUAAGUGGGUGCAGUGAUAGAAUGCCUGGCUCACGAUAGGAAGGAUGUGGGUUUGAAUCCGGUUGCUGGGUCAGUUCAGCCCAAUAUCGCUCCACAGACCAUAAAGUGAGUACUCUACCACAUUGGGGUGAGUCAGCAGUGGUUGUCCAAUGUCCCUUUACUGGCACCCGUCACAAUAAUGUGGAAUUUCAACCACAGCAUCAUUUGUGUACUAUCUCGUUUACAUUGGCAAUGUCGGUUGCAUCUUCUGUCUCGUUUGUUCCAUAAACCUCGAUGUACGCGAGCAAUAUAAUUUAAAAAGAUACAUUGUUUUGUUCUAUUUAUAUCAAUUAUGGAUAGGUAGCUCAUUCUUGCGUGCGUAUCGGGAGCAAAAAUAAUCGGUCUUGAGUCGACGAAUCGAUGCGUGGCGUUAAAUACCCACCAGUUGGUGGCAGCCCAAGAUGGCAGCCGAUGGUCACAUGACCGUGUAAAAGACGAUAUAUUAUAGGUCUCGGCGUUUUGCGCACCAACCCCAGGUCAGGCACUUUGGUUCCCCGCGUGGCGGCAGAGGUGUGAAGGUGAAUGUUUGAACACGAUUGUGUUGGCACGGUUGUCCUUUAAAACGGGGCUCUACGUCACGCGGGACACGCGCACACACGUACACAAGGUGGCGUGUGUGGAGGUGGUGGCAGUGGUGGUGAUGCUGGGGGUGGUGGUGGUGGGGAUGGUGGUGAUGACUGGAUGGUGGUCGUGGUGGUGGCGGUGAUGGCGAUGGUCGUGGUGGUGGUGGUGAUGCCAGGGGUGAUUGUGGUGGGGAUGGUGGUGAUGGUGGUGAUGGCAGUGAUGGUGAUGGCAGUGAUGGUGAUGGCAGUGACGGUGGUGGUGGGGUUGGUGGUGAUGGUAGUGAUGGUGAUGGCAGUGAUGGUGGUGGCAGUGAUGGUGUUGAUGGCAGUGAUGGUGGGGAUGGUGGUGAUGGCAGUGAUGAUGAUGAUGAUGGCGGUGAUGAUGGUGGUCAUGGUGGUGGUGGCGACGUGGCACACCAGGCUGAACAGCCGAGAGUCCUUCACGUUCCGGCUCUGAAUCGUCGAUCCGUGGAACAUCGCGGGAACAUUUCAAGAACAAAAAAGUGUUUUAUUCAAAGCCAGUUUUGCACGUAUACUGUAUAUUUACUGUAUGUUUACUUCACAACGCAUCAAUGUCCCUGCUUUUUGCUGUGUGUUAACCCGGAGUAAUAAAGUUUUUAUUGCAGUGAA